AUUGUACAUGUUCUCUGUGUCAAAACCCCCCCCCCCCCACCACACACACAACACCAACACCCCCCAUCUAUAUAUAUACCAUGCCGUUGGAUUUGAUAAUAUCUGCAUUUCAUUUGUACGUUGUAUGUGCAACUUGAACACUUGUUAAAAAAAUUGUGAACAAAAAUCAUCAAUGGCUCCAACUACUACCGCAACCCCUAGCACUGAUCUUCAAGAGCAACGCAUGAAGAGCAUAAGAGAUUUCGAUGAAACCAAGGCCGGUGUUAAAGGUCUCUCUGAUUCCGGUGUCACUACUAUUCCCUCCUUUUUCAUCCACCCUGCGGAAAACCUGGCAAAAUCAUCUUCAAAGUCCACUCUUUCAAUCCCAGUCAUCGAUCUCUCUCAACUACACUCCGAUGAUCACAAACCAAAAAUCGUUGAACAAAUCCACCAAGCUGCGAAAACCUGGGGCUUCUUCCAGGUAAUCAACCACGGAUCCCCCGUAUCCGUCCUGGAAGAAACCAUCACAGCAGUGAAAACAUUUCACGAGCAGCCAAGUGAAGUUAAGGCCAAGUUCUACAGGAGAGAAGAGGGACGUGGAGUCAUGUAUGCUAGUAAUAAUGAUUUAUACCGAUCCAAGGCUGCCAGCUGGCACGACUCGCUGCAGGUGUGGAUGGCUCCCGAAGCCACACCGGAGGAGGAAAUACCGGAGGUUUGCAGGAGAGAGGUGGUGCAAUGGGACAAGCACGCCAAAGAGGUUGGAGAGGCAGUGUUGGAGUUGUUGGGUUUAGGAUUAGGGUUGGAGAGUGGAAAGUUUAAGGACUUGGAUUUUUGUGGAACAAGAGUCUUUGUCGGACAUAUUUAUCCAUAUUGUCCCCAGCCUGAUCUGACCAUGGGGAUUACGUCUCAUACUGAUCCAACCAUGAUUACAGUGUUGUUGCAGAAUCAGAUCCAGGGGUUGCAGGUUAAGCAUGGGGAGGAGUGGGUUGAUGUCAAGCCUUUGCAUGGAGGCUUGAUUAUCAACAUAGGAGACAUGCUUCAGAUUGUGUCUAACGGGGAGUACAAAAGUGUAGAGCACAGGGUAUUGGCAAACUCCAACAGGGAAUCAAGGAUCUCAAUUGUGAUGUUUAUGAAUCUAUCCAAUUCCGCUUGGAAAGAAUCAGCAGAGGGUGGUAAAUACUACGGCCCUCUGCCGGAGUUGCUGACGCCGGAAAACCCUCCGGUGUACAGGGAUUUCACUCUACAAGAACAUCUGGACAGCUUUUAUACCAAGGGACUGGAGAGCAAGUCCUUGAUAGACAAAAUUACCUUAAUCAAGAGAGACAACUAGUCACAACCUUUUCUGUAAUUAACCAGCUGCUAAAAAUAUCUAGUUUAUUAAGUAAAUAAACAGCUGGUACGUAGUAAUUAUUUGUGGCUCUCGCCAUUUAUAUAUAUAUAUGCAUUGCAGUCAUGCAGGUAUGAAUUUUUAUUCUAUUUUUCUGUCUUUGCUUCCAACCAAAACAGUUCAGAUGUGCAAGUUCUACUAUAGAUUUGGAGGCAAAGUAUAAGAAAUAUAAAGUGACUUUUUUUAUAUA